AGAGAAAGCAUGGGAGCGCAAACCUCCAAACCCGCCGGGAAAGAGGACGUGGUGGCGGGGGAGCAGCCCGCGGAGGGAGCGGCCGUGGCGGCGAAGACCAACGGACAGGAGAAUGGCCACGCCAAAACCAACGGUGAUGCCUCUCCGACUGCGGAGGAGGCCAACAAGGCGGAUGUCCAGGCCAACGGCAGCACUCCAACCGAGGAGGCGCCCAAAGAAGGAGAGAAAGUAGAGGGUGCCGAGGCCAACGGAGAGAAGGAGCCCGCGGCCACAAACGGCGAAGCCUCUGCCAAGCCGGAGGAAGGCACUCCAUCCACCAGCGAGGACGGCAAGCAGAAGAAGAAGCGCUUCUCCUUCAAGAAACCCUCCUUCAAGCUCAGCGGCUUCACUUUCAAGAAGACCAAGAAGGAUUCUGAGGAGAAUGCCGAGGAAGGAGCAGCCGCCGCCGCAGAGCCAGUGGAGGGAGAGAAGGAGGCGUCAGAGGAGGCAGCCGCCGAGGAGGCCAAGCCAGCCGAGGCCGGUGAGGAGGGAGCCAAGGAGGCUGCAGCUGAGGAGCCGAAGCCAGUGGAGGAGGUGAAGGCAGAGGGAGAAGUAGCAGCAGCAGCCGCCGCAGGAGGUGCAGAGGAGAAACCGGCUGAAGCUUCACCCGCUGAGCCGGAGACGGCAGCCAGUCCGGAGGCCGCCCCUGCCGCCGCCGCCGAGUAA